CCUUCGUCGUUAUCAUCAUCAUCAGUAUACAGUACACUGCAUCACAUCACACAUCUUGUACUGCUACUAAUUUAUUACUGACAUUUUAUAAUUUACUACAUUGAUUCUCUCAAAAUAAUAUAAUUUACAAUCAACAAACAAAGCUAGAAUUAAAACGCCUUCCCUUCCCUUCUCUUUUCCAUUUCUCUCUCGUUUCACCUUCACUCCCCCUCUCACCGGAAAACAAUGUCAUCUCCUAUAGUCAAACCCACAAUAUCAUCUCCCUCCUCAGCAAAACCACCACAACCUCUCUGCACCUUCUUCUUUUUCCUUAUCCUCUGCAUUCUCGCUUUCUACACUCUCCACCACCCUCACUCCAAUCUUAUUCAUCAUAAUCCCCACCAUUUCCACCCGCUCUUUCUCUCUUCUUCUUCCAAUUAUACCCUCGCUUCCUACCUCCGCUCCCUCACUCUCCACCCCCACCUUGCCGGCACCGUACCUUCUCUCCAAACCACUCGCUACGUUUACUCUCAUUUCACUAGCCUGAACUUAGAGACUCACCAAGUCAACUACACCUCCCUUCUUUCAUAUCCCGUGCACGCUUCUCUCUCCGCUCAUCUCAGCAACGGCUCGUCCGUUUCUUUCUCCCUGAUUGAAACAGUCGGAGUUGAUGUCGAUGAUGACCUUGUGCAUCCGUACCACGCCUACUCUCCGUCCGGUUCAGCGCAUGCUAAGGUCGUGUUUGUCAACCACGGUCGUGAACAGGACUAUCGUGCGCUUGGAUUGCUCGGGGUGGACGUUACGGGGUGUGUUGUUUUGGUGAGGAAAGGUGGCAGGUUAAGUAGAGGUGCAGUUGUUGAAAUAGCCGAGUCCAAAGGUGCGGUUGCUGUGCUAUUGUACGCCGAGAGGAGGAGGAGCAGCAGCAGCAGCAGUAGGUUUGGAGGAGGAGUGGAAAGAGGGACGGUUAUGAGAGGAGGGAUAGGGGACCCACUGAGUCCAGGGUGGGGACGUGUUGAAGGAGGAGAGAGAUUAGGGUUUAAUGAUAGUAAGGUUUUGGAGAGAUUUCCUAAAAUUCCAUCUCUGCCCUUGUCUUUUGAGAAUGCUGACGUCAUUUUAAGGUCUCUUGGUGGUCCAAUUAUGGUUUCUCCCGAGUGGAAGGAUUAUUCGGGUCGGGUUACUCGGGUUGGACCUGGUCCAACUCUGGUCAACUUCACUUAUCAGGGGGAGAACAAGGAAGCAACGAUUCACGAUGUUUUUGCUGUAAUAAGGGGAUCAGAAGAACCUGAUCGCUUUGUGAUUCUUGGCAAUCAUAGAGAUGCUUGGACCUAUGGGGCUGUUGACCCCAACAGUGGGACUGCUGCUUUACUUGACAUUGCUCGGCGUUAUUCACUUUUGAUGAAGAUGGGAUGGAAACCUAGAAGAACAAUUGUGCUCUGUAGUUGGGAUGCAGAAGAGUUCGGGAUGGUAGGAUCGACUGAGUGGGUUGAACAGAACCUUGUCAAUUUGGGUGCCAAAGCAGUGGCCUAUCUCAAUGUAGAUUGUGCAGUUCAAGGGCCAGGGUUCUUUGCUGGUGCAACUCCUCAGCUGGAUAAUAUUCUUCUUGAGGUCACAAAGAAGGUCAAAGAUCCUGACUCAGAGGGUGCGACGAUAUAUCAGGAGUGGGCAGCCAAAAAUCAAGCUACUAAUAUUCAGAGACUUGGUGGAGUUUACUCUGAUUUCGCGCCAUUUCUGCAACAUGCUGGGAUCCCUUCUGUUGACAUAUAUUAUGGCAGAGAUUUCCCUGUGUAUCACACUGCUUUCGACUCCUUCGAGUGGAUAACAAAAUUUGGAGAUCCCUUGUUUCAUCGCCACGUAGCUGUUGCAGGAGUUUGGGGACUUCUAGCCCUUCACCUAGCUGAUGACUCCAUUCUUCCUUUCGACUAUCUAUCUUAUGUAAAAGAAUUACAGGAGCAUAACUUUGUCUUGAGCAAGUUAUUGGACCAAAGCACAUCUCUAAAUCCUUUAAGCACUUCAAUUCAAAGACUUGCCUCAGUUGCUAAAGAAGCUAAAAUUGAAGCGAAGAAACUGAGACAGCAAGAAAGUCGGGGAGAAUUUGUAGCUUUCAAGUUGCGGGCAUUAAAUGAUCGUCUGAUGCUUGCUGAAAGAGGCUUCUUGGAUGCAGAUGGUCUGCUAGGAAGGCAUUGGUUUAAGCAUCUUAUUUAUGGGCCUUCUGGUGACUAUGAAAGCAAACUGGAUUUCUUCCCUGGAAUAGCAGAUGCAAUAUCUAAAUCCAGGAGUAUGAAUAAAGAGGACGGGCAGGCAGCAAUUCAGCAUGAGAUAUGGAGAGUUGCCAGGGCCAUUGAUAAAGCUGCUAGUGCCCUUGAAGGACGACUCUUCUGAAAUUUUUUGUUGGAAAAAACUUUCACCCUCCACUGAGCAUCAACUUGUAUAUGUCUAGUUCACUUGUAUAUAUCUGGUUUCUUCUACAUGCAGUCGUUACCAUACACUUCUUCUUUUUCUCUUUCUUUUCUUUUUGUUAGUACGUUACCAAAUUUCAGAUCAAUGAUAUCUCUCCGGUUGAAAUUCUGCCUCC